AUGAAGCAGCGCUUGCUGUCAGACAAGCGUCUCUUUGGCACGCAGCACAAACUAGCAAAUAUGUUGCUGUCUGUUCCUCCAGUUGCGGCCCUGCUUUCUGCGCUCCUGGAAGCGCUAAUGCCACAGGCGCUCCAAAUCCAGGUCACUCAGGUCUGGACAUUCGACCAUGAGUAUAUGCAAUGUACCGUGCUCAUCGUCGGUCUAUUGGUGAUUGCCAUUGAUCCUCUGCAAAGGCUCUCCGCGACCAGCGAGAGGCAUUUUGGAUGGCUUGAGGUUCGAGCCUGGCGGAGUAUGUCCACGGUUCUCCGUCGGCUGCUUGAGGUCGCGAUUCUCGUUGUAUAUAGGAAGUUCGUCGAAGUGAAGUUCAGGCGCUUGGAAGAUAGAAAGGGAAGUGUCGUGAUGCCGAUAUGCCCAAGUCUCCUCGAGCUUGCUGGCGUUGUAGUUCCGACCAAUCUUGCGAUGCUCUGGGAAGCGCUCAUGCCACAGGCGCUCUUUCUCAGAUUUGCUGAGGUCCGGCCGUACUCAUCGUCGUGGCUCGCCACGACCAGCUCGAGGCAUCUUGGGAUUGUUGGCGCUCGAGGCCAGCAGAGAACGUCAGGAAUUAUUGCUGUCGCCGUUUCGCUGACUGGUGAAGUUCCUGGUCGUUUAUGGCUGAGUUUGAGAGAGGAGUUUGAGAGAGAUCCGACCAGGGUAGAUGGAAUUCAAGGGGAGUCAUCCUCAGGACGACGCGAUAGAUUCGUGAACCGGAUCAACAGCGGCCCCACAAAUCCCGUGACUCUUCCUCGGCGUAUAAUUUUGAAAAUCCUUUUUAUAGUCGAUACAAUCAAUAGAGGCAUAUCAAGUAUUCUAAUCAAGCCAGAUACAAGCACCAUCGCAAAGCUUUGCCUAUUAGACAUCUACAUCCUGCGGCUAGCUGGCCAAAAACCCAUGGAAUCUCUAUACACUAUUAUGCGCCCGUCUUCAAUCGUAAAUCAUCAAAAAAUCAUGCCUCGGCGCUUCGCACUCUCUGCUGUCGCAACACGUGCUCACAGCCAGAAAUCUGCACACAAAGAGCGAGAUAAAGAGCAUGAAACCCAGAACAAUAUAUUUUUGGCCUCAAUCGAUAUCUCUCAGGACAAUGCCUUCUUCAUGGAUUAUGAAGAAAGCAGGGACCAACACGACUCUUCAAGAUCACACAACACGACUCUUCAAGAUCAUACAACACCUUACACCAACCACUAUAGCCUCCGUUGCCUCGCCGGUCUCUACACAAUUAGACGCCAGUUGAACCUUGGUCACGUAUCGGCAACAUUUGCUACGCUUUCCUGGCGAACAGGGUACAAAUCACCGGCAGUCAUGGCUAGCGGCAAACGUAACCAGAUCACUAGGUCCGGGACAUGGACACGAGAAACCCGGAUGGUCCUAUUCAUGCUCUUCCAGAUCUUCAGCUUCAGCGACAGCCAGGAUGAGACGGUCCGCCAGCAGCUUGCAGACAUAUUCAUCGCACUGUAUCCGGACUUUGGAGAAUUCAACUUCUACAACCUCUACGACCGGAACAUCCAACGCCUGAAGAAGGGCCAUCAGAACGCGGACUGGAAAGCCAUCGAUCGCCCCAAUGAAUGGAACAACUCCACGUGGGAUGCGAGUGAGCUUGCCCAUUUCGCGGCACUGAGAAGCAACAUUCUGCGCGAGGCUGCGAACCUGGGUAUCUCAAUUGCCUACAAGACAAAUCCAGAGCGAAAGCACCUACCACUCAUCCCAGGUCUUGUCGCGGGUCCCACAGCGGUCACAGCAGCUUCUUCUGCUCAAGGUCCUGCGAUCGUACCACAAAGCUCGCAGCCGCUCGCAACGGCAAGUCAGAACACGCUCACAGCUUCAUCCUCCGCUAACGUUCAGAACAGCAACGAGGGAGAAGACAGCGAAGACGACAAGGUCAGCGACGAUGAGAUCGAUGCCGACAGCAACCACGAAGACACCACAUGGCAAGACAACGUCGUUCAGGGAGCCAACCCAGUCCAAGCACAUCAGUCUCCCUCUAUGGAUCAACGUCACGACUCUGAAGAAGAAGACGACGACAUGGAAGACAUCACCUGGACUGGUCGCGGCCCACUCACUCCAGACGAGAUUCAGCAGCGAGCCAUUACCUCCAUGAACGCUGGUCUCGUGACGGAUAACCCAGAAGCGAUGGUCAAUGCGCGUGAGCCUGGCACGUAUAUCACGCCUUCAUGGGUUGUUACGGAAGAGGAGCUGCAGCGGGAGAUUGCCAGGAGUUUGGGAGAUAGAGAUUUUUUUGGGGGCAUUUUGAAAUGGGAUUUUCAUAAGCACGACGUAGUACUUUGUUCCACUUUCCCGGCCUAA